UGCUAGACGACUGCUGAUGACCGYCGUUCGGUGUGCCGUCCGUCGUUAUCGCCGCCCUACGAUUUGCGGCAUUUACGUUCACGCGAUUUCGUGUUUUUAUUUCGUUUCGGCAUAUUAUUAAACUAUUGUCAUCCGUAUUAAUUUGUCGUGAUCACCCUUGAGAGUCUCGCGUCAAGGACGAAGACAGUUGUAUAACAAUAAUAAUAAUAAUUAAUAUUUCGUAUAAACAGUGUUAAGAGAGUGUCGGUCGAGAGACAUCGUGAAAAUCUAACUAGCUCCAGUGCCGUCGGUACGCGUGUGCGUUGCGGUUCGUUUCGGAGACGUCGAUCGUUUUCAGUUUUUUUUUUUUCGACGGUAUUAUUGGACGGUCAUAUCACUCAGACAUCAGAUCCGAGUGUAUCGACGCGUUCAUAAACAAAGUAUUGAACUUGAGGCCAGAAGACAUCUGUCGAUGACGUGUUUUAUCAUUUAUGAGAGUCAAUUCAUCAACCAAUAUUUUGCCUAAACAAUCUGCUGUGCACAAAAGAUAUGUUACAGCGUGUGCGAGAUUCCAGUUUAUCAUAAAGUUUUGGCAUAAGAAAUUGGAAGGUCGUACGGCGGCAAGAAGUAUCAAACGAUAAACCGAUAUGCACCGGAUAUUUGUCCAAAAGUUGAAAUAUUCACUGAAGAUUCCAAACUUACUAUAAACGUCAGAGAGUGUGAUGUACAAUAAGUUUUCGAAUAACGUCGAUUGAGACGUUGUUGUAUCGAAAACGAGGUGGUGCAUGAGUACACGGGCAAAACAWAUAGUCAUCUUGUCGGGAGCCCAGCGAUCACCAUGACUUUCAGGCUGGCAGAGUCAGCGACAGGGCCGAAAGUUCACCGACGCCCGGCGUGAUUUACGCCGCAGACACAAUGACGACCAAGACGACGAUGAUUUUCGCAGCGGCCGUUAUGGCCACCGUGCUAGCAGCGGCCGCUGGCUGCCCCCUUGGAUGUACGUGCAAGUGGAAGGGUGGCAAGCAGACGGUCGAGUGCGUCAAUCGUAGUCUGACGUCCAUACCGGUGGGCAUGGACGCCGGAACUCAGGUACUGGACAUGUCGGGAAAUUCGAUGGAUACACUGUCCAGGGGCCGGUUUAUGUCGGCCGGUUUGUCCAACCUGCAGAAGAUCUUCAUGGCUCGGUGCCGGAUCACGUACGUGGACGACGCCGCGUUCCAGGGACUAUCCAACCUGGUCGAGCUGGACCUGUCUGACAACGGGAUCACCGACAUACCGACCAAGUCGUUCGACGACUACCCGCAGCUGAUGAAGCUAGUGCUGAGCGGUAACGCGGUGACGGUGAUACGUACGGCCGCAUUUAAGCGGCUCGCUUACUUGACGGUGCUCGAUCUAAGCCGGUGUCGGGUGUCCACAAUCGAGCCCGGCGCGUUCGACGGCCUACACAACAUUGAGUGGUUACGGCUCGACCACAACCAGAUCGUCCGGAUCGAGAGCGCGGGCACGGUCGUGCUGCCGCUGUCGCUGCACGGCAUCGAGAUGCACCACAACCCGUGGACGUGCGACUGCCGACUGCGAGACGUGCACCGGUGGCUGAACAACAACAGCGCUCCGCACACGGUCGAGCCGACUUGCCAUGGACCGGACAGGUUGCGCGGUUCCGUCAUCCGCAAGUUGGACGCCGAAGAGCUGGCGUGCACACCGGCGGCAGCGGCCACGUCUCCCGAAUACGUGGAAACGGACGCCGGAAAGAACGUGACGCUCGCGUGCAGGGUGACGCCGGCCGGGCAAGCGCGAGUCUCGUGGUGGUUCGAGGGUCGGCAGGUGGCCAACGGCACUACGGCGGCCGCCAUGGAGCUGACCAUCGAGGACGCCGGGCCCGCGGACAACGGGACGUACGCGUGCGUAGCCGAAAAUCGGGCGGGCUGGGCCGCGUGCAACUUCACGGUGCGUGUAGUCCAAGAACUUUCAGAGGUGGCGGCUGGUUCGUAUCCGCCGGAUGCACCCCCGCCCGUGUUGAUGGUCGUCGUGCUGGCUGGUUCGGUGUGUUUCGUGACAGUGGCCGUGGUUUGCGCAAUAAGUUGCCGUUUGAUUGUGGCAAAACGCCGUCGGCGUCGGGACCACGGUAGGAGACCUGGUGGCAAGUCCGGUGGCGUUGGAGGUKGUGACACGGGCGUUGACGAUCCGUCCAACAGCGGGCAGGGAACUAAGACGACGUCCGAUAUCCGACAAUCGGACUCAGUGAAUCUGACCGUUUCGUCCACCGUCGACGGCAAGCUAUCGUCGGCCGAGGACGUAAGCGUGUACGGCGAGUAUGACRCGACCGCUGGCCUGGGGUCGUCCGCCGGUUACGAAGUGCACGAAGUGCUGCACAUGGGUGGUGGUGGUGGUAGUGGUGGUUACGAUGCAUACCAACAGAUGCACGUGGCCCCGGGACAUCCGGCCACGGUGACUGCCAGCACCACUCUGGAGGCCAAUCCUGAUCUGAUCAGCGACGCUUCCACCGUGAUCAGAGACAACAGUGGCGGUGACUACCGCGACGCCAGCGAUGAGGUGUACAAGAUAGCCAUACCACCGCCUCCAUCGAGUGGCCGAGACUUUUGGACGACUUCCGGUGCGAACGGUGCAGCCAUCAUUUACCCGUCGGGUGGUGUCUGUGGGUCUUACGAAUUGCAACUGUCGCCUAGCAAGUUAGCCACCGGCGAACCGUAUCCGGCUGAUUAUGGGCUGCCCAAGUUAUCGUCCGGCCAAUAUCCGAUGCCGGCGCCACCAGCAUUGUACAGAACGCUUCCGCACCGCCGGAAUGCGGCCAAACCACAAGGCCGGUCGUGCCAGGAAGCUGAGUUUGUGCUGUUACAGCAGCAYCACCAUCACCACCAUCAUCACCACCAGCAACAGCAACAGCGCCAGCACCACUUGAACCGGUACGAACCACUAAACGUCCGGUACAACCAGCAAGGGUACCCGUACCCGCCGUCCGCAGUUGCCGCGGACGCGGCGUACUAUGCGACGGCUGCGGCCACUUUUUACGAACCACCGUCAUUGUCKAACGCAUCCGCGCAGACACUUGAUGACGAAACKAUGGUCAUGAUGAUGWCGAUGCCGYCACCACCGCCGCCACCGCCACUCGUGACCGGAGCCGCCACGUUACCUGUUACGGGUAGACAGCCGCAACACUUGUCCGCCGAACACGCGAGCCAGCACAAGGCGGUCACCGCCGUGCAAAAGCAACCGGCCAACACGGAGAGCCCGGACGAAGGGUACGUGGGUGAAGGGCCUGACUCGUAGACCGGUUGCGAGCAGCAACCGGACGUCCGCCCCUAGAAGUCAUGCCGACGGACGUCACCAUUGUACAUAAUUCGAGAAUAAUAUCGAUAUAUUUUAUCGUUAUAAAAGCUGUGAAAUGUGAAAUAUUUUUGYUGUGCGURAUUGUUGGCAGGUCCACACCGUAGAAAUAGCGCUGUAAAAACAUAAUUUGAUAUUUAUCUACCAUUACACUCAUACUCACACUGUAAUGGACCCUUUCGAAAAAGGUCAACUGCCAUUCGACGGAUUUCUCAGAUCGUUAUAGGUCGAUAAUCGAAGGGCGUGAYAUCGUGCGUCGUGGACCGUUAAAGUUAGAUGACGUCAUUAAAUUAUAAAACAUAUUAUAUAAUAUAUUGCACUAGAUAAUAAACAAUGGAGUCAUGUUUAGUUCCGUUCGCAUCCCAACGCUAAUGAAAAUGUAAUCUAUUACUUAAUUGUAUGUAUUCGUGGAGUGAUCUCAAUUAAUGGACCUAAUAAUAAAUGUAUUUUUUUUUUUCAAAAACAAAAAAAUGACGUAAAUUUAUGUUUUUUUUUUAGACUAUAAUACAGUAAGUUUAAAUCACAUUCUGAUAUUGCCAAAAACAAUUAAUUAUUGUUUGAAAUAAUAUUUUUUUAGUGUAACUGUUAUUUUUAAUUUACGAAUAAAAUAUUUUAGUCUUAAGUCGUUGUAACGACACCACAAUCUUUUUUAACAACAAUGCUGAACAGAAUCUUAAAGAAAGUUUGAAUUUAUUAUUUUCCUUUUUCAUAAAAACUUUAUCCGCAUAAAAAGAUUGAAAUUUCCAAUUCAUAUCAUUAUCUUCAGAUUAAAUUUAAUUUGACUUAAAUUAUCAUACUUAAUAAUUUAUUUUUUAUAUAUAUUUAUAAAUAUAUGUCCACG